CUGACAAAGAGGUAGCUUCUAGUUGCAUGGCACUUGGCAGUUGGUAGUGUCACUGUAAAAACGCCACCUGGGGAAGGAUGCUGACAUAUGCAGCCGAGCUGCCACUGCUGUAUGCCUCUAGUAGUGGCAUCACUCUUUCGUGUUUGUGAAAGCGUUAUUACCAACUCGUUGGUUAUUACUGUCAACUACAUUUCGAUUGUUGUGUCAAAGGUACUGUGCUAACCAAAGAUGUAGUCAAGAAGCUGCAAAGUGUGAUGUUUCGUGUGUGCAGUCAUGCACUAUGCAGUGGUAUCCGAGCAGCGGUAAAACUACUAGGGCCUCACAGUUGAAAGAAUACUUCGAAGAACGUAUGAAAAAAACAGUCCACACAGUAAAUGAAGAAACUGUUAUGAAAACCAUGGGUGAAGACAGAAAUUCGUUGUUCACCGAUUCAGCGAAAGAAAAAGCACUUCGUGGUGCAAUCAAAUCGGAAGUGCAAAGGUUUAUAGACAAAGAAUCUGUCAUUAUCAUAGAUGCUGGAAAUUACAUUAAAGGUUAUCGGUAUGAACUAUACUGCAUCUCAAAAGGUGCAGGAACAACACAAUGCACUAUUCACUGUGGAGUGGAUGAAGAUACAGUGCACAGGUGGAAUUCUAAGAGGGAAUGUGGCUAUAAGGAAGAUGUUUUAAGAGCUUUAAUCAUGCGCUAUGAAGCCCCAGACAGCAGAAAUCGAUGGGAUUACCCACUCUUCACAGCACUGUUCACCGAUGAUUUGAAUUAUGAUGAGAUAUACAGCUCAUUAUUUGAGAGGAAACCGCCACCACCUAAUCAGUCAACGCAGUGUGCUCCUCUUUCCUCAACAAAUUUUCUGUAUGAGCUGGACAAAGUGACCCAAGAGAUACUAUCUGCAAUACUCUCAGCUCAGAAACUAGGUGUCGACUCAGAAAUAAAAAUACCUGGUUUUAAGGAUUCUGUCAGAACAAAUGGUGUGAAACUCUCUGUCCCUCAACUAAGCAGGCUACGAAGACAAUUUCUGAGUUAUACCAAACUGCAUCCAUCAAAUGACAUUUCUAAAAUAGGCCCAUUGUUCAUACAGUUUCUUAAUAGCAACAUAACAUAAACGUUUUACUCAUAUUUGUAUGUAUGUUGGUACCAAAAUGUUUUGCUUAUGUGUGUAUGUAUAUGUUUUAUAAUAAAUUGUUAUAUCUAUAUUGAA